AUUAUAGUGCGCGCUAGUUUAUGUCUAUGUUGAAAAAAUAAGUCAGACUUCACGAAAUAUGUAUUCAUGACAUAUAUAUAUACUAUUGCUAUUUGAUAGUUACGAACUGUACAUCAAGCGUACUUAGUUUGUGCUUAUAAUUUACAACUUGGUAAAUUGGUUUAACGUUUAAUGGCGACUAAAAUAUGUUCUGAGGUAGCUAGAUUGACGUUCCGGCUUUUCUGGUCAUAGAAUGACGGCGACUUUCAUGACUGUAACUUGGAAUUAAGCUGUUUUUGUCUGGUCUGAAUCUAACUUGCUCAGAAAAGUUUUAUCCUAUGGUUGCCACACCUUCACUGUCAUCUCCCAGGCCUAUAUAUUAAUUUCUCUACAUCUCCAAACCAUGUCAGCAUAUUUGGAAACCGAAGUGGCCACCACACCUCUCCCCCUCCCUGCCCACUUCUCCCAGGCGGAGCAGUCCUUCUCUCGGAAGAAACGGCGCCUCCCCUUCUCUUCAUGCUCCACCUCAUCUUUCUCGCCCCCUGCCCUCCUCACGCUCACACUACCCCCACGCCCCCCAUCCAAGGGCUGUCCCCCAGUGAGCCGGGUCUUCUCCCAACGCCCGCCGUCCCCGUGGACUCCCCUCUCUCGCUCCCUAAUGGAAUCUCCUCCUCCGCCGUCACUGUACGACCCCGGCAGACUGCAAUCCUACUUCAGCCAGUGCUUCACCAACCUGGGGCUGCUCGGUAGAGGCUCUUUUGGCGAGGUGUACAAGGUAUUGAGCCUCCGGGAUGGGCGUCACUAUGCUAUCAAACGCUCGGUCCAGCGCUUCAGGGGCAAUGGCGAGCGCGACAGGAGCUUGCGGGAGGCCCGGAACCACGAGAGCCUGUGCCCCCACCCUCACAUCCUGGGCUUUGUGGCGGCCUGGGAGGAGGGGGGGCGUCUGUACAUCCAGAUGGAGCUGUGCUGCACCAGCCUGCAGCUGCACACCGAGGCCCAGCCCCCCAGCCCAGGUCAUAUGCUAAACAUCAGAGGAGACGAGCCUGCUGCCUGGGCCUACCUGUGCGACCUCCUCUCGGCCCUGUCCCACCUCCACACCCGCGGCUUCGCCCACCUCGACCUCAAGCCGGCCAAUGUGUUCCUGACGAGCUCCAGUCGCCUCAAACUGGGCGACUUUGGGCUUGCACUGAAAAUCCAGGGGAAGCGGGGCACUAGUGGACUGGCCGGGAAGGAAAAAGGGACAGAGAAAGAGGACGUUCAGGAGGGGGAUCCUCGAUAUAUGGCCCCAGAGUUGCUGAAGGGUGAAUAUGGCCCUGCUGCUGACGUUUUCAGUCUUGGCGUGUCCAUCUUGGAGCUGGCGUGCAACAUGGAGGUGCCAAGAGGAGGAGAGGGUUGGCAGCAGCUGAGACAAGGCUGUUUACCUUCAGAGUUCACCAAUGCGCUGUCAGUGGAGCUGCAGACGGUGUUGCGGAUGAUGCUGGCCCCGGAGCCAUCUGUCAGGGCCACUGUGCCUGAACUCCUCUCCCUGCCAGUGAUCAGGAGACACAUGUGGAGGCGCCGCAUUUCCCUUCUACUCCACGAAACCCUGCUCACAUUGGUCUGCCUCUGCCAGUCCAUUGUAUCCCAUGGUUGGGGGCUUAUCUCCUCUCUCAACCUACCACUCCUUCCCCGCUCGUCUGCCUCUGCCCCGUGCACCCCUACCAAGGAGAGCUGGGAAAAGGAGUUCACGCUGCCCCCCAGUGCCAUGAUGCACAGCGACUCAGGAAGCCUGGAGGAGGACGUGGUGUUUUUGCCUGGUGGCAUGGGCCCAGAGAACUCACCCACUUUCUCUCACAGACUAAAAUCUCGGCUAUCUGUGGGAAGCACCUCCACUCCUCUGCCGAGCUCCUCUCCUCCAGUAUUCUCUCAACUCAGUGCCGCCCACACCUCCACACACUCUGGUGACAUCCACACCCCUUCACGCAGCCUCAACCUUGCACACACACCCUCCAGCAUUCACUCAGAAAGAUCCCACCACACACUGACGGCCUCCCCCAGUCCUAUCCCCCUAGACACUGGCUCUCAUCGACUCUGUCAAUUAGACCGGUCCAUGGACACACCCAGUCAGCACAGCACAUCGGUAAACUCUGCUGGACGGCCUGUCCGAAACUGGGUCCGUUCAGAGCCCCUUCCUCGACCCAGCUUCGAACCAAAGAAUCUGCUCAGCCUGUUCGAAGAAACAACUUCUACGUUGGACGGAGAACACUGAGAAUGAGACUGUCAGUAAUGUGUGCAACAAUGACACACAAACUCCCAUCUUUUCAUUCAGACAAAAGGGCAGCUGUGAUUUAUUGACAUGUUUGCUAUGUAGUUCUAAAUGUCUGUUUUCUAUUUGUGCUUUGAACAAAACUGUUUGUUUUGCAAAAAAAAUGCCACUUUUCAAGCCACAUUACUUGACAUGUUCUUAUUUGAACGUGUACUUGCUUGUAUUGAGAAAGUGUGCAGAGGGAUUAGCCCAUGCUGUAUUCUGUUAAUGUAUUUUCCCUGCCUUUUUGAUGUCUGAAAAUACUUUGCUCUCCAUACUUUGAUUUUGCUCAUUAUCUGCUGUAAUCCAUACCCCUCAAUGCCAAUUAAAGAUGCUGGAAUUCA